GACACAGUCGAGCACAAGGUGGAGCGAUCCAGUCGCUGUAUUUUAUUUUAUUUAUUUCACUUUAACAGCUACUUUGGGAAGUUUUUAAGGAGGAAUCGUAGAAGUGGGUAUAUUUCGAACCAUAGAUCUCCUCCCAUCGAGCUCCCUGGUUGUUUUUUUUGGUGAAAAACCGAGUCUGCGGUUUGUGGAGUCGCAGCAGAAGCUGCAGCGGUUUUGCAGUUUGAAAGAUGAUCAUCGUUUCCUGUUCUCUUCACCAAACCAACGCGGCUCUGCUUGUUUGUUUGAUGCCCGACCCGUAAAAGGCAAUGCUGAUCCCCUCCACACCUGAAAGUUGCGGAAGAAAUGGCAUCACCGAAGGCUCUGCUGGAGUGGUGCCGCGUCACAUGCGCUGGUUACCCCGCUGUGGAAAUAAAGAACAUGUCAGGCUCAUUCAGGGAUGGGCUGGCGUUUUGUGCCAUCAUCCACAAACAUCGACCCGACCUGAUAGAUUUCAGCUCUCUCUCCAGAGAAAAUGUUUAUCAGAAUAACAAGCUGGCUUUUGAGGUUGCAGAAACAAAGCUGGGAAUCCCUCCUCUGCUGGACCCAAAGGACAUGGUUUCUACCACCAUGCCGGAUUUUCUGAGUGUCAUUACCUACGUUUCUCAUUACUACAACUUCUUCAGUGCAAAGUCUCAUGCAGGUCCCUCCAGAUCCCGUUCAUCACACGUUUUAAACAUCUCAAAGGGAUAUAAAACUCUGAGAAGCCAGAAGAGCUUGACUGAACUGGAAACCAGCAGAGAAGGCGGCUGUGCUAAUGCAAGCGCAUGGGCAGUGUGUACUUUAUGUCUGAAGCCUGUUCACCUCAUACAGAGAUAUCUAAUUGAUGGAAAGGUUUACCAUCGCGGCUGUUUUAGGUGCAAAAUUUGCAGCUGUGUUCUGUUACCCGGCUGUUAUACUCAGGGGAGGGAUACGACGUCAUUCGUCUGCACUCACCAUGUAACAGACAGCAAAGCUGCUGGUGUCGAUAGCAACAGGAAUUUCAGAUCAGCUGAUAAACAGCCUGAUCAUCCAUCCCAGACAGUUGUUUACUCUCUGAGUGGGUUGGCUAUCUGCAGCGUGCCUCGUUAUGCUCCGAGGGCAGAGUCACGGGACAAACUGGUUUCUAAAACACACCAAAAUGAGGAGACUCAGAGGCUGCAGGGGAAAAACAGGGAAAAUCCUCAUCCUCUACAUCCCGGUGAUUUAGAGCAGACUGUGGAGGAUAGCAAGGGACAAAAAGCACUGUCAAAGACCUCUGAACUCUCCUUAAGCUCCACACAAGGGACUGAGGGGGGUGCAUAUCCUGCCCCCACUCCCAGAAAAUGUGCAGACUCCCCUGGGCUUCCUGUUCCUGCACCCAGGUCCAGAACCACCCAAACAAUGGGCAGCUCCCCUGCUGCAGAAAUCCAGAGUGAAUCUUCACCUCAUCCUUCCCGCAUCACCAGUCCUAAAGUGAAAAGCAACCAUCCCUGGAUGACCAUAGUGCACCCUGGACCUUGGAGUCAGCUGCCUCCUGUUCCUCCCCCAGUACCUCUCCCUCGGUCCAAAACUGUCUCCAAUCCCCAGACGCCAUGGAACAGACCCAGAAUGUCUGCUCCUAAUCCAUUUGAAGAAGAGGAGGAGGAGAAUGAAGCUCAGCAGGAAGCUCCCAAACAGCAGUCGGCCAAUCAGGGAGAGGCGUCAGCGACUGCUGUUCAUUCAGAGAAGAGUGAGAACUCUGAUGUUGAAGCUGGUUUGGAUGAAGGAGAAAAACUGGAACAGGAUGAAGAGUGCUCUAGGAGUCUGCAUGAUGGUGCUGAACCUGAUCCUGCCGAGGGUCAGGGGGAAGGAAGCAUCGAAAAACCUACAGAGGGCGGUCCGUCCGGCGCAUCGGAUGCAACAGAACCAGGGUUGGCUUCAGAACAGCGCUCCAAUUUACCCAGAAGUCUGUCGGUGCCAGCAAUCCCAUCUGAGCGCUCUGAAACCGACUCGCCACCUGCAGGGCUAGAUGAGGCCAAUCUAUCCAUCUCAUCAUGUGAACAUGAGCCAGCCUAUAAAGAAAGUCCAUUUGCCCACCCAUCUGAGAUGCCCAGGUCCCAGACGGUUCAGAACCUGUCGUCCACUCGUGGUCCCGCUCCUGGCCAUGGCUUCCCUCUCAUCAGGAGGGAGGUGAGGACAGACCAAAGCGUUUCCAUGGAGGACCUGCGGCUGCAGAUCAGAAACCUGGACGGCCAUUUGGAAGCCCUGGAAAAACGCGGAGUCGACCUGGAGAGGAAUAUCAGAGAAUGCAGGAUGGGUAAAGAAGAACAGAUGCUCAUAGAGUGGUUCAUUCUUGUCCAUGAGCAGCAUAUUCUGCUGCGCAGAAAUAAGGACCUGGUGUAUCUCACUAAACAGCAAAUAUUAGAGGACAGACAAGCAGAUGUGGAGUACGAGCUCAGAUGUCUUCUCAAUAAACCUGAAAAAGACUGGAGUCAGGAGGACAAAAGCCGAGAGGAGCGGCUGAUGGCUGAGCUGGUCACCAUUAUUGAACAGAGGAACCAGAUCAUCAGCACCUUGGAUCAGGACAGAGAAAGAGAUGAAGACUUUGAAAGCAUAGGGAACAAGGGGUUUCAGCAGGACGGACUGAAAGAGCUGAGAAAAUCUAAAGGGAAGCUCAAGGCUUCAAAAGUCUUUAAGAUACUGAACUAGAAGACAGAGAGCGGCAAGGAGCCAGUGGAGAGAAAGAGCUGAAGAAGCAGCCUGACCACAAUAAUAACCCAUGUUCAAAGUCACUCAUCUCAACUGUGUUUAUUAAAAAAAACCCAUCAGUAUGUUAAAAAUAUGCUGAACCUAUUUCAACUUCUAUUUUUAAAAGACCAAAUUUGUCCUGUUAUUAAACCAUUUUAAUAGUGUUGUUUCUUAACUGUUUUGCACAUUGUUUUUUUUUAAAGUGCUCAUUGUCUGUAUUAAAUCAAGGUGAAUCCAAAUGAUUCAAACAAA